AUGGCUGCUGCAAUUACCCUGACUCUUCUCCCUUCGUUCCUACGCCCUAUAAUUGCACCCCUAUUACCUCAGCUCUGGCUUACGCGUCAUCGAGUCGCCCAAGCGCAAGAGGUGUUUGGCCCAGCGAUCAAAUCACGGUGGCUUCAACCUGAAAAUCCAAACCGAGGAGAACAGGUCGACAUACUUCGAUUGAUGGUAGAGUCAUCCAAAAAAUGUGGUAGGAGUGACAAGGAUCUAGUAAUCGACCUUCUCUUCCUGAACAUGGCCGCCGUUCAUUCCACAGCGAUGACAAUCACACACGCUCUGUAUUGGCUUGUGGCCAAGCCGGAGCUUACAAAUAUCCUACGAAAAGAGGUGUUACAAGCUCUAGCGGCUAGUGACGGCGAGUAUUCAAAGUUAUCUCUGCAGCAUAUGACCAAACUGGACAGCUUCAUCAAAGAAACCAUGAGGUGCUCCGACAUGGUGUCUACAACAAUUCAUCGCAAGGUGACGAGGCCUUUCACUCUCUCCAACGGCCAGAUCAUCCCCUCUGGUGUCGUCAUCGAAUUUCCCUCUAGCUGCGUAGCUCGCGACAUUGGAAACUUCACAGACCCUGGUGAAUUUGAUGCAUUUCGUUUCUACAACAUCGCCCAGCAAUAUCAAAAUGAAAAGACGGGAUCUUACGGUCCGAUAUCCAACACCGAGUUCUCCGCCGCAGAACCUCGAACGUUGUCAUUUGGAUAUGGAAGACACGCAUGCCCGGGACGCUUUCUUGCGUCUGCUGAAAUCAAGAUGGUUCUAGGUCAUAUUCUAACCGAGUAUGAAAUCAAGUUGCCAGCGGGAGUGUUGGGAAGGUACAAGAAUCUGAGUUUUGGGCCUUAUGUGAGUAUUCCCUUGGACUUUGGACACGAAGGUGUGCUCGCUUGCUGA